AUGGUGGGGGGGCAGCCGAGCCGUGGGGGGGGCACAUCAUCUGCUGUUUAUCCCGGCCCGGAGUCAACCGGGGACACGGGGGGGGAGGGGGAACGGGACCAGAGUGGGGGCUCCCCCCCCCUCAAAAUCCCAACCUUUGACCCCCCGACCCUGACCUUGCCCCCACCCCCACCCCCCCCCGGGCUUUUGGGAUCCUGCCUGUACUUUGUGGGGGGGGGGAAUGGGGGGGGCUUCCAGCUCUUUCGUCAUCGUCCCGUCCCCCCCCGCCGGUGCCGCCCCAGGGUUAUUUUUAGGCCUCUCCUUGGCCUUGAAAAGGGGGGGGGACACACAGAGCCCCGGCCGGGCAUUGUCAUCCCCGUCCCCCCCCCCACCGAAACCGGGCCAGGGCGUUGCCGGCAGGGUGACGCCGACCCCGGCCAUGGCGGGCGCCUCGGUGAAGGUGGCCGUCAGAGUCCGGCCCUUCAACGCCCGAGAGACCAGCCGUCAGGCCAAGUGCGUCAUCCAGAUGCAAGGAAACACCACCUGUAUCACCAACCCCAAACUCCCAAAGACGGCACCAAGCACUUCACCUUCGACUACUCCUACUGGUCCCACACCUCGGAAGAGGACCCCCAGUUCGCCUCCCAGCGCCGCGUGUACCAGGACAUCGGGGAGGAGAUGCUGCUUCACGCCUUCGAGGGCUACAACGUCUGCGUCCUCGCCUACGGCCAGACCGGCGCCGGCAAAUCCUACACCAUGAUGGGCCGGCAGGAGGCCGGGCAGCAGGGCAUCAUCCCCCAGCUCUGCCAGGAUCUCUUCGCCCGCGUCGGCCGGGAGGGGUCCCCCGAUCUCACCUUCUCCGUGGAGGUGAGCUACAUGGAGAUCUACUGCGAGCGGGUGCGGGACCUGCUGAACCCCAAAAGCCGGGGGGGGCUGCGGGUGCGGGAGCACCCCCUGAUGGGCCCCUACGUCCAGGACCUGUCCCGCCUGGCCGUCACCUCCUUCGGGGACAUCGCCGACCUCAUGGACAGCGGCAACAAGGCCAGGACGGUGGCGGCCACCAACAUGAACGAGACGAGCAGCCGCUCCCACGCCGUCUUCACCAUCGUCUUCAGCCAGCGCCGCCACGACCCCCUCACCGACCUCCACAGCGAGAAGGUGAGCCGCAUCAGCCUGGUGGACCUGGCGGGCAGCGAGCGCGCCGACGUCGGGGCCAAGGGCGUGCGCCUGAAGGAAGGCGCCAACAUCAACAAGUCUCUGACCACCCUGGGCAAAGUCAUCUCCGCCCUGGCCGAGGCCCAAAACAGCAAGAAGAAGAAGCCGGAUUUCAUCCCGUACCGGGACUCGGUGCUGACCUGGCUCCUCAAGGAGAACCUGGGCGGGAACUCACGCACGGCCAUGAUCGCGGCGCUGAGCCCGGCCGACAUCAACUACGAGGAGACGCUCAGCACCCUGCGCUACGCUGACCGCACCAAGCAGAUCCGGUGCCACGCGGUGAUCAACGAGGACCCCAACGCCCGGCUCAUCCGGGAGCUGCGGCAGGAGGUGACCCGGCUGCGGGAGCUGCUGCGCGCUCAGGGGCUGCCCCACGACCCCCCCGAUUCCUCCCCCCCAGACCCGAACGCAGCCCCCCCCCGCGCCCCCCCCCCGCCGUCAAUGGGGGGGCCGGAGCCGCUGCCCCCCCUGGGCCCCGCCGAGGCCAUGGAGCGGCUGCAGGAGACAGAGAAAAUCAUCGCGGAGCUGAACGAGACCUGGGAGGAGAAGCUGCGGCGCACGGAGGCGCUGAGGCUGGAGCGGGAGGCGCUGCUGGCCGAGAUGGGGGUGGCCCUGCGGGAGGACGGCGGCACCGUCGGCGUCUUCUCCCCUAAAAAGACCCCCCACUUGGUGAACCUCAACGAGGACCCGCUGAUGUCCGAGUGCCUCCUCUACUACAUCAAGGACGGCGUCACCAGAGUGGGCCAAGGGGACGUGGACAUCAAGCUGUCGGGGCCCUUCAUCGGGGGGCAGCACUGUCUCUUCCGCAGCUGCCCCCACCCCUCGGGCGAGGUGGUGGUGACGCUGGAGCCGUGCGAGGGGGCCGAGACCUACGUCAACGGGAAGCAGGUGACGGAGCCCGUGGUCCUCAAAUCCGGGCAGCGGCUGGUUUUGGGGAAGACCCACGUUUUCCGCUUCACGCACCCCGAGCAGACGCGGCGGCAGCGGGAGCGGGGCCCCCCCGGGGACGGGGACAGGGACCCCCCCCGCGACGGGGACCCCCCCGGGGACCCCCCCGACUGGAACCUGGCGCAGCGCGAGCUGCUGGAGCAGCAGGGCAUCGACAUGCGCCUGGAGAUGGAGAAGAGGCUGCAGGACCUGGAGAACCAGUUCCGGCGGGAGAAGGAAGAGGCCGACGGGCGGCUGGAGCAGCAGCGGGGGCAGACGGAGGCCACCGACCCGGCCCAGCGCUGGUGCGAGGCCGGCUGGCGCCUCAUCUCCUCCCUGCGCCAAACCCUCCCGGCGGCCACCGUCCGCUCCGUCCUCCGCCGCUGCGGCCUCCCCCACCCCAAGCGCCGCGAGCCCCUUCGCGUUUACCAGAUCCCCCAGCGCCGCCGGGGGGGGGACGCGGCGGCCACCACCGAUGACCCCCCGCGGGUGACGUUGGCGGAGCUGAAGGCGCAGGCGGUGAAGGAGGUUUGUUACGAGGUGGCCCUGAGGGGCUUCCGCCAGGCGCGGGGCGAGGUGGAGGCCAUGAGCGUCCUCAAGAUGAAGGAGCUUUGCCGGCGCUACGGCCAGCGGGACCCCGAGGAAGGGGACAGCUGGCGCGCGGUGGCACGGGACGUGUGGGCCACGGUGGGCGGAGGCGAGGAGGACGACGGCGGGGACGUCAGCGGCGAGGUGGCGGGGCUGCGGGAGCACCUGGCCAAGCUGGCGGGGACCCUGCGGGAGGUGACGCGACAGAACAGCCUCAAGGAGCGGCAGAUCCGGGCCCUGCGGCACCGCGUGGGGCAGAUGGAGCGCGUCAUCCCGCUGCCGCCGGACGAGGACGCAGAUCCCGCCUCCCCCCAGGAGCCCCCCCCUCAGGAGCCCCCCCCGGCCUCCAGCGCUGGGGGGGCGGGGGGGUCCCCAUCAUCUUCCUCCUCCUCGGCGGCGGCGGCGGCGCGGCUCUGCCGGCUGAUGGAGCAGGACCCUGUGUUCCGGCGGGGGCGGCUGCGCUGGCUGCGCAGGAACAGGCCCGUUUAGCAGCUGGGGGGGGUGGGGGAGGCCCCCCCCC